AUGCAUCUUGAACAAAUGACAUCUCUUCAACAAAACCUGACAGAUCUCAUUGAUGAGCUCUCACCAAAAUUGGACCAGGUAGCGAGUGAAGUAGAAAAGUCCUUGGAAAGGAUUGAGUCACGCGAACGAACAUUGAAUCAGCAGUUGGGGAUGUGGCUUUCGCGCUAUAAAGAGUCUCAGGACUCUAGAGCCGAAGUUAGGGAGCGAUACAAGGCUGCAUCAGGAGGAGUAACUGAAAGAACAGCAACACUGCAGAGAAUAUCCGAAGAUAUUGAUCAGAUCAAAAUGCAGAUCGAAGAACAAGGAGCGAAGACAAGCGAUGGAGCCCCAAUGAUGAAAGUGAAACAAGCGCUACUCAAGAUUGAAGAGGAUAUUCAACGAAUGAACGUGCAAAUUGGAGUACUCGAGCAAAAUCUUCUCCAAGCUCAGUUGAAAGAACGUGUUUCGUAUACGGCCGAAGCCUAUGGUGUGGCAUGA